CGUGCGCGCGUGUGUAGAAUGCAGCCAUUUACAAGUAUUUCUAACUCCAUCGAAUAGCCUACUGUGUCUGAUAUAGACGUCAUCAGAGAAGGCCUUUUAACAGGUGUCCAAACACUGGUUAAUCCCAUCCACAUGACAUGACCCUCGGGUCUGGGAAACAUGAAUAAACAGUCGGGAAUUAGCCUUGACGCACGCAUACACGCGUGCACAAACAGAUCCAACGGACACGCAGUCAAGUGUUGACCGGAAAAAUUGUGUUCCGGAGUAUUUGUGCAAGUUGCUGGGACAGCUACCCUGUCAUUUAAUCUCUCUCUGUGUGUGUGACAGUUUCGCACAAGAUCGUCACGACAAGAGAGAGAGAGAAAAUAUAUAUUUACAUGGAAAACUCUGGAGAGAGUUGCCAUCUCUAUAACGUGGAAUUGUAAAUGACUGCCGUAUUUGACAGGAUAUUGAACUGUGUGAUCAAAAAACGUUCAGUGCACACUGGAACUGGAUUUAGAGCGUUGGAACUGGAUUUAGAACUUUGGAACUGGAUUUAGAACUUUGGAACUGGAUUUAGAGCUUUUGAACUGGAUUUAGAACUUUGGAACUGGAUUUAGAACUUUGGAACUGGAUUUAGAACUUUGGAACUGGAUUUAGAGCUUUUGAACUGGAUUUACAACUUUGGAACUGGAUUUAGAACUUUGGAACUGGAUUUAGAACUUUGGAACUGGAUUUAUAGCUUUGGAACUGGAUUUACAACUUUGGAACUGGAUUUUAGAGCUUUGGAACUGGAUUUAAAACGUUGGAACUGGAUUUAGAGCUUUGGAACUGGAUUUAGAAUUUUGGAACGCUCGAUUUUUUAUCUCCAUAAUCCCGAUCAAAUUCAACCGGUGGAUUUAUGUUGCGGAGAGAGAGUUUCGGUCUCACUCUCUCAGAUUUCCUUGCUGUCGAAGUUUCUAUUGGAAUUUCUUAUAGGAUAUAAUAAUCUUGGAUUCAAACCAUUCUUGUUGUAACCCAUGAUAAGGGUUAAAAUAAUGAUUUAACUUGAACAACCCAUAGGCCUAGGUUAUUUAGGGACAAUUCCAUUUUCUUUUUUUUGGAACAAAACUUGUUGGCAGCCGUUGGAAUUGUAACCCUUUCUGGAGUUUUAAUGUAACGGUUGAGUUGUUUUAUAAUGUUAUCGAAUAUUUCACCAUAUCCCCUUGGCUAGUUUCUCAACCCGAACCCAAUCAUUAGCCUCACAUCUCUGAUUAACGGUUCUGUUAAUAGCUCAAUCUGAUCGCCUAACACUUGCGCACGGUGGUGCAUGUGAGUGUUGGCAGUUGAGUCGUUAACCAACCGGGUCUCGGUUUGUGUAGCCGACAUCUGUUUUUGUGGAUCUUCUCCCGGUGCUCUCGCUCCCACCGGGGUGAGAGUUUCUCUAAACCCCAUGAUGUUGCUCCUUUCCCCGGUUCUCAUCCUUCUGCUCCGCGGGGUUUUAUUCGAGGCUUCGCAGGGCAUCAUCCAGGACAGCGGCUACUAUCACCACAAUGACCCGGAACUCGGACUCACAUUUGCCGGACAAAGAACGGUGUUCGACUCGACAGACCCAUGCCUGGUGGUGUCACCUCCCUGUAUGAACGAGGCAGACCGAUACAGUCUGGAGGGUCUGAGGAACAUCCACAGAGAGAUGGAUGACGACCAGGAUGGCGGGAUAGAGGUGGAGGAGAGCGUGGAGUUCAUCAUCGAGGACAUGAAACAGCAGCCGACCAACAAACACAGCCGUCUUCACAGAGAGGACCAGCACAUCACCAUAGAGGAACUGUGGAGGGGCUGGAAGUUCUCAGAAGUCCAUAACUGGACUCAGGAUGAGGUGUUGAGGUGGCUCAGGGAGUUUGUAGAGCUGCCUCAGUACGAGAAGAACUUUAAAGACUUCAGAGUCAACGGCAACACCCUCCCCAGGAUAGCAGCCAAUGAGCCGUCGUUCCUGAGUGGCCAGCUGAAGAUCGUGGACCAGAGAGACAAACAGAAACUCAACAUCAAGGCUCUGGACGCGGUGCUGUUUGGUGCUCCUAUACGCCCACCCCAUAACUACAUGAAGGACUUGUUGCUGAUAGUUUCUGUGAUGAUGGGUGUAGGAGGCUGCUGGUUCUCCCAGGUCCAGAACAAAGCUUCCAAAGUCCACAUCUCCAAGAUGAUGAAGGACCUGGAGAGUCUGCAGAGUGCUGAGCUCAGCCUCAGAGAACUACAGGAACAGCUGGAACAGGCCCAGGAGGAGAAGCGUAACGUGACAGAGGAGAAACAGAACCUGGAGGAGAAGAUGAGGGAUGAGAUCAUGGGAGCCCAGGAGGAGGCGCACAGACUCCAUCGGCUCAGAGCUGGAGCCGUCAGUCAACUGAGCAGACUGAGAUACGCAGAGGAGGAGCUGGAGCAGGUUCGGGGAGCAUUGAAGAAGGCAGAGAAGGACAUGAUGGCGUACUGGUCUGUCCCGGAGGCCCUACAGCUCUGGCUACAGCUGACCCACGAGGUGGAGGUUCAGUACUACAACAUCAAGAAGCACAGCGCUGAGCUGCAGCUCAACACAGCCAAGGAAGAGGCAGAAAAGAUCAAGAAGAAGAGGAGUUCCCUCAUGGGGACAUUCCACGUGGCUCACAGCUCCUCACUGGACGAUGUUGACACCAAGAUCCUGGAGGCCAAGAACGCCCUAUCAGAAGUCACGGCCUGCCUACGGGAGCGUCUCCACCGCUGGCAACAGAUAGAGCGUCUGUGUGGUUUCCCUCUCCUCAGGAACUCUGGCCUGGCCAGCCUAACAGCCACGCUGUAUUCAGACUCUAACUGGGUGGCGAUGCCCCGCGUGUCUGUACCCACUUUCCCUUCCUGUCAUGAAACAAUACAAGGCUCUCUGGAGGAUCUGAUGGAAGACCCCUCAGCAUCCAUCUUAGUUCCACCAAUGAAGCGCUCCCCUCGCUCUCGUGGCUCUACCUCCACCGUAUGUCGUCAACGGCGUUCUGGACACGCCUCCUCUUCCUCAUCCUCCUACUCUGACCCUGAUAUCCUGAUUCCUAUCCACACCACGCUCCCCUGCUUCGAGGAAGAGGAGCAGAUCUUCAUCAACGCCCAGUGGAGGGGAGAUUCUCAGGUAAUUUAUUCUGACAGGACCCCUCCUGUCAGCAGAAGGUCAUCAGAACCUUCCGGAACGGAAUCCCCCGUUUGUAAGAUAUCUAGAGAAGAAUUGGAAGCUUCCUUGGAUGAAGCCACAUUGAAGACAUCAUCUAAAGACGAGCCGGACUCUUCUUUUGUGGACAACACUGCUCCAAGGAAAAUGCAAAGAGUCAAAAGUGAGACUUCCAUGGACCCCCCCACCAACGCAGCAGCCAAAAAGGUAUUGGGUCAUUCGAUGGACAAUGUCUCAAGGAAGUCAUUCAGAGAUGAGUGUCACGAGGUUCCGUUGGAGACUCACGUCUCAAAGAAGAGGUCUCUUCUAUCUACAGACAUGAUCGGUGUGUCUUUGGACACCGGCUCCAGGCAGAUGAUGAGAGAGAGCAGGGGAGAAGCCUCAUUCAACAACUCCAUGAGAGGAAGACCCAGAGAAGAAAUGGUGGUGGCCGUUGGAACCCCAACGAGAAGGAUAUCCCGAGAGGAGGAGGACUUCUUAGCCGACAGCGCUCAGAGGAGGAUGGCGAUGGCCAGAGACAAACUGACCCUUCAUCUGGACAGCAACUCUUCUCACAAGAUGCUCAGGAAGAAGAUGGAGUUCCCAGUGGAACCACCAUCUGCCGCCACGAGGAAGAUAUCGAUAGAUGAACACCAUGAGAUGUGCUCUCACACUAGCAGACGAACCAACAGCGAUAAGGUUGACAGAUCCAUAGACACUCCCACUGGGAAGAUCUAUCCGGACAGGGUCGACAGUACCCCAGAAAUCCCCAAACGGAGGAUAUCCAGGGAGGAGUAUGCGGGGUCGUCCCAGUUGGGUCACGAUCCCCAGGUUUUGGAUUGGGGUCAGUUCGGACAACCUGACCUCACCUUGUCCACACCAUGGAAACAAACCCAGACCCCUGACCCUUAUACCUCCGACCUGACCGAACUUGUGUAUGACGGUAUUCUGGAGAAGUCCUGUAUCACCCCAGCAACAACCCCUGACCUGCCCCAGAGGAUCAUGGAAGGAAGAGAGCGAGAAGGGAAUCCUCCUGUUCCGCCCCCGAGGAGCGGCCGGUCCCUAAACACGUUGCCCCCGGAGAUGAGAGGCGAGAGGCACCAAAAGGACAAAGACAAAAGCACGAAGUCGUCCAAACUCAAGAGCCUUUUUAAGAAGAGGAAAGAUCAUACCCCAGAACUGCCACAAGGGGGCCUGAACAAUCUCUGACCGUUACCUGGAAUUUAAACACAUUUUAAUGUACAUUCUUUAACCAGGAAGUUUCUUGAGGCUAUGAAACUCUGGAUAAGACCUCAGCCAGGAAAAGCUGAGAGGAAACAUGAACAUUAGUCUUAUAGAUUUGAUUUUUCUAAAAAAAAAACGACACGGACUGUUUGGCUGAGA